UUUAAGGAGGCGAAAUACAUAACGUCAUUUUGGAAGCGGAGCCUCCGCCAUCCUCCUCCCUCGUCCCUCCUCCCGAAAAGCUCCUGCUUCCGACCUUUAAACGCUUCUCCUCGCUCCUUUUCUGUUCUGCCUCCGAACGCCAUAUUCGGCGUUUUGUUUCUUGGUGUUUAGUGGGACUGCGGAGAGAAACCAAAACCUUUAACCACUUUUGUGUCUGCUUUGUUUUUGUUUGACCAUGGCUGACCAGGUUCCUCCGAAUUUGGAUGACGGAGAGACGUGGUUCCCGUCUAAUUUUUUCUUCAACGAAGUUCCUUCCGAAUUCAGGCCGCGCCACCACCACCACCACCACCGUCUUCCUCACUCUUGCAUGGAUGACCUAGCUGACCAAUUCGCAUCUCUCUUUCUUCCCAAGCAACAGCAGAACUUGCCUUCAAACCUAGAGCGGUCUAAGCCGCCGGUUGGCCACGCUCCGGUCUCGAAAAUCCCACUUUGUACACGCGGUGGCAAUAGCGGUGGGUUUGAAGUGGGACAAAGGUUACAAGGGUUCGCAGACGGGUCGUUUUCGGGCGGGUCCAACCCGGUUUAUGAGUUUCAGUCCAUGAAACCGACUCGAAUCCCGGUGGAUGGUGACCUUGGAACUAGGGCUAUAAUUUUGCAGAGGCAGCAAAACCGCCUUCUUCGAAACCGGGUUUUACCAUUUCAUGGGUCUGGGUUCGGAUUAGGUGGUGGUCCAGUGAGAGAAUCAGGAGGCACUGGUGUUUUCCAUCCUCGCAUUGUUACUAAUGCUCCUUCUGAUCCUAAGAGAAGGCAGGGAAUGACAAACAGACAUGCUCAGGAGAUCCAAGUCACUCAACAUCUGAACUCCAUGAGAACAUUAGGUGUUAGCAAGCAGGAGGAUUGUCAUUAUCAUCUUCCUUCAGAAAUGGGAUUACCCAGGUCUUACUACUGAGUUCUGAGAUGGCUUGACGUUUGGCUUUUGCUUGACAUGAUAGGGAUGAAUAAGAGCUCAAAGUGGAAGAAUAGAAUGAAAAAUAAUCUUUUUGGAUUUUGUGCGGUCCUGAUGGGGUGAAAACUAGUUGGAAGUAGGGCUUGAUUUUGUUUCGUUCUAGCUUUUGUAUAAUUAUUAUUAUAUAAGUAAAUAAUAAUGGUCUAUUGUACUAAAAUGACUCGCAUAUU